ACAGUUAGCUUAGGACUUUAGGUGUUUUGAUCGAGCCCUGCUUUCCAGAGGCAGAGGUUCCUUCUUUAGACUUUACUUCCUUGGCCAGCCAACCGGUGGUAUUCCAUCAGAGAACUGCUGUAGAGUCAUACUCGUACAUACAUCUUUGUCAAACUCAGACUUUGUAGCAGUGCAGGGUCGGGGAGAAGUACAGCAGUGAAAAGUUAUUAUUCUGGCCGUGAUCCCAGCCGCUAGUGAAGAUGUUGGGGUACAUUGAAGACCGUUCUAAAGCGUUCCGUAAACAAGUUACCAAACGCCAAGCUAACCGGUGGAUACAUCGUCCUGCCUAUUCCGGAGACUUGAUGACAGCUUUCGAGGGAAUGAGCGACCAAGUAAUCGGACACAACUAUAGGCGUGCAUUCGAAGCUGCUGUUAGCCUGCCCGAGCCACAGGCUAAGACUAAGCUGAUGCGACAGUGCUUCGGCAAGCAUUCUGAACCGAUUUCAAAGGAAGACAGGCAAAGGAACAGAACUGUGCGACGAGGAAGGUUUCUAGCGUUCGAAGCUAUUCACGUCGGCUCCAAGUGUAGCUCAUGUUACAACUGUCAUAUCCGUGGUGUCAUGUAUAAGUGUCUUGUUUGUGCACCAGAACAGAGUACAUACUGCUCCUGGUGCUACAAGUCUGGCAGGUUUAUCUUCAGACAUGGGCCACAUCACGAGGUGCUGGAGCUUGCAAUCGCGAUUCCACCCCAAAUGCUUUCUGUCUGCCGGACGAACACCCAGAUCGAGAUGUACCCUGUCGGCGGUCUGAAUGCAAUCGUAAAGACCUUCCUCCUCAAUGAGCAGUACAUGAUGGACUCUUUCGCAUCCAAAUACCAAAACAAGUUUGCAGGCGUUGGAGGUCCAGAUUCUCGACGGUUCUUUGAAGACUAUGCGGCGUUCAGGACUUGGAGCGUCUUGUUUGGCGAGAUUGAACGUGUCCCUGUGGAGAGCAUUAUCGCUAACUUCUACCCGGAGCAUCAAACCCGCAUGUCUCACUUUGCAGACAACAGUGCUAAGGUGGACCACUACACCUUCCUGGCUCUGCAGGCACUUGUCGACCUGAGCACGGACACCGUUUCCUUCUGGGCUUACACGCGGAUUCUCCAUGCCGCAAGACGGAAAGACUUGAGCGACCUUGCCUGCAUGGCUCUUUCUGAUAAACCGGAACUUAUCAGAGGGGAUCCAAGGGAUGCUCUUGAAUUCGACAUCGCCUGCUGUAUGGAGUCAUAUCAAGUGAUUAGAGAUCAGUUGUGCGUCAGUGGGCACCAGAGUGAGAAUUUCAACCCGGCUCAAGUCAAGAACGAGAACUUUGAGAUGUUGAACGCUUUGUUCUUCAAGCGAGAUAUUGACUACGCUCGGGUAAAAUACCGGCCAAUCGCGGCUCGGCUACUGGACCACACGAAGCUUAUUAUGCAGGAUGGUGGUGAUGUCUCCCAACAAUACCACCGGAAAGCAUUCUUCCAAGCCCAGCUGCUCCUGAAGCUGUGCAUGCUGGAGCCAAGCAUUGCACGCAUCUACUUUGACACACUCUGCUUCCUGUAGUGCCUCAGGAUGCCACUGCGGCGGGGGUCCGACUGUGCCGGUUUGUCACUGCGGUCUUGCCCGGGAAUGACUCUACAACACGUUGCUCUCAACUAACUUACUUCACAAUGCUCUAGACUACAUACUAAUGGACGGUAAUAAUAUUAUGCUGCUGAUACGCAAUGAACUGUUAUACGACCGGCCGGUGACCACUGGUACGCAUAGCCUUUAAUUUAAUUCCACGCCACUCACGGUGGGCUCUGUGAUUGUCAUGGCAGUGACAUUCAUCAGUCCACGCCACUCACGGUGGGCUCUGUGAUUGUCAUGGCAGUGACAUUCAUCAGUCCACGGUGCUGCGCCUGCACUACUGUCACUUGCAACAAUGACAUUUGUCCGCCCACACGCCUUGCUCUGUUUUGGUAACGGGAUUCGUCACUUCUUCUGGCCAGGCCAGGUCUCUCAGAUUAUGUGUAGAGAUACAUCAGCACACUCAUGACUGUAUAUAUCGUACUUGUACUUUUUAUAAACAUGCGCUCUCCCCCCCCCCCCCCCCCACCCACACAUACACAGUCACAUAACGUGCAUACACCCGUAUGUAUGCAUGCACAGCACAGUCAUGCUCUCUCUCUCUCUCUCUCUCUCUCUCUCUCUCUCUCUCUCUCUCUCUCCUUGCUCAAUUGCGCACAGACUUGUAUUGCUGCACCGGUGCACUUCUGCAUAACGUCACAGUCAGGUGACUCCUGAGUCCUGUGCUAGGAUCACGUAAUGCCACAUUAACACGGGGGCGCCGCACAGCUCUCUUUUCAGAAUGUUAGGUUCUGUUCUUCAAGUACUGAACCAUGUCGCCAUACCUAUCUGACUGUGAUGGACUGCCGGACGGAAUGGGACCAACAUUUGGUCUUAUGUACUUGGUAGUCAGGUUACACCUGAUUGGAUUCUGCUACUG